AUGCCCGUUGAGAUCAUCGAUAUCUCCGACGACGAUGAGGAUAUCAACUGGGAUCUCUUGCUGGGGGAGAGCGAGCAGGCAUCUGUGGAGACAACGGUAAAGGAGGAGGCCGGGAAGAAAAUUACGUCCGCAGGUGGCAAGAUGGUAUGGCCUGAGCUGUUGGGAAAGAAGGGCAAGAAAGCAAAAGCUGUGAUUCAGAAAGAGAAUCCUUAUACUGAUGCUGCGAUUUUUGCUCCCAAAGACGCCAUUGUUACCGACGACUACUGCUGCAAUCGUGUUAGGAUCUACGUGGAUUGCAAUACUAGCUGUGACUAUGAAAACGCUGUGGUGGUCCAAGUCCCAAAGGUUGGGUGA